AUGUCACUGGAUUUUGGCAGUGUGGCACUGCAGACGCAAAAUGAAGAAGAAGAAGAAUAUGACAAAGAAGACUAUGAAAGGGAGAAAGAGUUGCAGCAGCUACUCACUGACCUACCUCACGACAUGCUGGAUGAUGACCUGUCCUCCCCUGAACUCCCCUACUCGGACUGCAGCGAGGACGGCACAGAGGGCGAACCGCAUCGCUCUGAGCAAUUGGAGAUGAACUGGCAUGAGCAUCAAGUGCUGCCUAAAUCUCAAAGUGGAAAUGACUAUAAUGAGAUUCGUGAUGUAUAUACUGGAGAGAAAAGUGGCAAUGGCUGGGAAGACAAUCAAAAUAAAGCUGAUGACCAGCAUCCUGGGUACCAUCCUAACGAAGUUGGAGAUGAAGGCGGAAGUGGUUACAGUCCUCCAAGUGAUUAUGAACAGACCGAUUUAUAUCACCUUCCUGAAAACUUUAGGCCAUAUACCAAUGGUCAGAAGCAGGAAUUUAAUAGCCAACCAACUAAUAUAAUUAAAUUUUCAGAUCCUCAAAGGAAUCAUUUCCAGCAAUUUGGUAUAUCACAAGGCCCCAGUUGUCAAGCCUUGGAACCAUAUAAAGUGACAUAUAAACCUUAUCAGUCUUCUGCCCAGAAUGAUGACUCACCAGCCCAGGAGAUAGCGGGAAGUGACACAUUUGAAGGCCUGCAACAACAGUUUUUAGGAGCUAAUGAAAAUUCUGCAGAAAAUAUGCAGAUUAUCCAACUUCAGGUUCUUAACAAAGCAAAAGAGAGACAACUAGACAACUUAGUUGAAAAGUUAAAUGAAAGUGAGCAUCAAAUUAGAUAUCUGAAUCACCAGCUUCUGAUAGUCAAAGAUGAAAAGGAAGGUUUGACCCUCAGCCUCCGAGAAUCACAGAAACUCUUUCAGAAUGGAAAAGAGAGAGAGCUACAACUUGAAGCACAAAUAAAAGCACUGGAGACCCAAAUACGAGCGUUAAAAGUGAACGAAGAACAGAUGAUUAAGAAGUCCAGAACGACGGAAAUGGCUCUGGAAAGCCUGAAGCAGCAGCUGCUGGACCUCCAUCAUUCUGAGUCACUCCAGCGUGUGAGAGAGCAGCACGACAGCAUUGUUACGGGCCUCACGAAGAAGCAUGAGGAGCAACUGUCGUCCUUGCAAAGGAAGCUGGAUGCUACAGUCACUGCACUUAAGGAGCAGGAAGAUAUUUGUUGUCAUUUGAAAGACCAAGUGAACCAAUUGGAAAGGAAUCAAGAAGCGACCAAAUUAGAAAAGACUGAGAUCAUUAACAGAUUGACAAGAAGUCUAGAGGAGAGUCAGAAGCAGUGUGCCAACUUUUUGCACUCAGGCUCAGUACAGGAGGUGGCUCAGCUACGGUUCCAGCUGCAGCAAGCACAAAAAGCACAUGCUAUGAGUGAAAACAUGAACAAGGCUUUGCAAGAAGAAUUAACAGAACUAAAAGAUGAAAUUGCACUCUACGAAUCUGCUGCAAAAUUAGGAAUACUUCCAAGUGACUCAGAAGGAGAAUUAAAUAUAGAACUCACUGAAUCAUAUGUGGAUUUGGGUAUUAAAAAAGUCAACUGGAAAAAAUCCAAAGUGAAGAGCAUUGUACAGCAAGAAGACCCAAAUGAAGAGCUUCCCAGAGACGAGGUCGUCCUGAAGCUGAAAGCACAAGUGCAGCGUUUGCUGGGGAGCAACUCAGUGAAGCGUCAUCUGGUGUCUCAGUUACAAACUGAGCUCAGAGACUGUCAUAAGAAAAUUGAAGAUCUCCAACAAGUGGACAAAGAUGAAAAAAGCAUCAAGGUUGAGAGUAAAACAGAUACCACGGAAAAACCAACUGAUCAAUUAUGGCCUGGGUCUUCUACUUCUGAUACGAUUGUGAAAGAUGACAUUCUGCGGCUUAAAAAUGAAAUUCAUGUUUUACGACAACAAAAUCAGGAACUUAAAGAAACUGAAGAAAAACUGAGAGAUACAAAUCAAGACUUAUGUAAUCAAAUGAGACAAAUGGUACAAGAUUUUGACCGUGAUAAACAGGAAGCUGUGGAUAGGUGUGAGAGGACUUACCAGCAGCACCAUGAAGCCAUGAAAGCCCAAAUACGUGAAAGCCUGUUAGCAAAGCAUGCUUUGGAGAAGCAGCAGCUCUUUGAGGUUUAUGAGGCAGCUCGCUUGCAACUUAGGUCUGACUUAGAUAACAUGAAUAAGGAGAUGGCUGCCGUGCAAGAAUGUUACCUGGAAGUGUGCAGAGAGAAGGAUAAUCUAGAAUCAACUCUGAGGAAGACCAUGGAAAAGGAGCAACAGGCUCAGGAGAAGAAGAUCAAACAAGAACUUAUUCAACAGCUCGAAAAAGAGUGGCAGUCUAAGCUGGAUCAAACUAUAAAGGCAAUGAAAAAGAAGACCUCAGAUGGUUGCAGCCAGACUGACCAAGUAACCACCAGUGAUGUUAUUUCCAAGAAAGAGAUGGCAGUCAUGAUAGAAGAACAGAAGCGAAAGAUCCAGCAAGAUUUAGAGCAAGAGAAAGAAACAGCUGUCAGUGGGGACCUGAAGAAACUCGAGGUGGAAUUAGAACUCAAAUAUUGUGAAAAUAUUGCCAAACAGGUAGAAACAGCUGUGCAAAAUGCUCGUCAUCGAUGGCUGGAAGAACUACCUGACCUUGCAGAGUAUAAAGCACGUGUAAGAGCAGAACAGAAGAAGUGGGAAGAGCAACAAGAGAUCACUGUGGCAAGACGGAUAUCAUUUGCUGUUUCCGAAGCUAAAGAGAAAUGGAAAAGUGAGCUUGAAAACAUGAACAAAAAUGGAAUACCUAGGAGGGAACUGGAAGAGAAGAUUCAUUCUCUUCAGAGAGAGCUUGAGUUAAAGAACGAGGAAGUCCCUGUGGUUGUCAGGGCUGAGUUGGCGAAAGCCCGGAGUGAAUGGAACAAAAAAAAGCAAGAAGAAAUCCACAGAAUUCAAGAACAAAAUGAGGAAGAUUACCGGCAAUUUUUAGAUGAUCAUCGAAAUAAAAUUGAUGAGGUGCUUGCGGCAGCUAAAGAAGAUUUUGUGAAACAAAAAACUGAACUCCUUCUUCAGAAGGAGAUGGAAUUGCAAGCAUGUCUAGACCAGAGUCGUAGAGAAUGGGCUACGCAGGAAGCCAGGCGGAUCCAACUGGAAAUCUAUCAGUAUGAGGAAGACAUCCUAACUGUACUCGAAUUUCUCUUAAAGGACACCCAGAAGGAGCAUGUCGGUGCUUCAGAGAACCAGCAACUUUUGGAACUCGUGUCGACUUGUUCUUCAAAAUGGGUGUCUGUGCAAUAUUUUGAAAAACUAAAGGCCUGCAUACAGAAAGCAUUUCAAGAUAUCCUCUCCCUAGCUACAGAAAAUACCGGCUCAGAAUGGGAAAAGAAAAAUUUGGCCAGGACCUCUAAGGAUCCUGACACAGAGGUCACUGGCAGAGGAGACCCUGGAGUCCUGGCAAUCCUUCCUGCACCUGCUUUUGGACACUGCGCUCAGUCCUUGGCCUUGCAAGAAACAGAAGCAGAAGCUGAUAAGAAAAAGAUCCUUGAAAUUAAGGAUUCAUGCUGUGGACACUGCUUCCAAGAACUUGAAAAGGCAAAGCAGGAAUGUCAAGAUCUGAAAAGAAAACUGGAGAAAUGCUGUAGGCAUCUUCAGCAUUUAGAAAGGAAGCACAAAGCUGUAGUGGAAAAAAUUGGAGAAGAGAAUAAUAAAGUUGUUGAAGAACUAAUAGAAGAAAACAAUGACAUGAAGAGUAAAUUGGAAGAACUGAGAGCACUUUGCAGAACACCACCAAGGUCAUUGUCAGAAGGGGCCAUUGAAAAUGCUUGCCUGCUGUGCAAUGGGAAGGCCUUGGAGGAACUUCGCGGACAGUACAUUAAAGCUGUAAAAAAAAUUAAGCGUGAUAUGCUUCGUUAUAUUCAAGAUAGUAAAGAAAGAGCUGCGGAAAUGGUAAAAGCAGAGGUAUUGCGAGAACGUCAAGAAACUGCCCGGAAGAUGCGCAAGUAUUACUUGACUUGCCUCCAACAGAUUUUGCAGGAUAAUGGAAAACAGGAAGGGGCUGAGAAAAAGAUUAUGAAUGCUGCUAGCAAACUUGCUACAAUGGCAAAAUUGCUGGAAACGCCUAUUUCUAAUAAAUCCCAGAGCAAAACUACACAGUCAGUAGUACCUCUGACUUCGGAGAUGAUGACGGGAGUUGAAAACUCAAAAGGAAACGAUGUGAAUCAGAAUACAGGGCAUCAUACUGAAAGCAAAUCAAACAGUAUACAAAGUAUUCCCAGGAGUACAUGUGACCAAGUUCCUAAGAGAAGGGCUGCUUGUAACCUACGACGGCGGUUAGCGGAUGCAGAGCAUGGCGAUGUAAAGCACAUGGGUUCCAAAGAGUCACAAUCAGACUCUCAGUUUGGGGAAAACACUUACAAACAUCUAGACAUUUUACCAAAUGAUGUUUCUCCUGAGUUUGUUCCAUAUGAAGGUGAAAAAGGCUUUGUUUUGCACAAGAAGAAAGACCGCAGUGAUACUGGCUCUGAAUCACUUCAGCAUUCAGCUACAUACCCCUUUCUUGGAUCCUUCGGAAGUAAAUCAUCACCUAGGUACACCCCUAGUCUUUCCGAAUCUGGAUCCACACAUACAACUUUUCGAGGUCCUAAUGAAAGACUCGGUUUAAAAGUAUACAAGUGCAAUCCACUAAUGGAAAGUGAAAAUGCUGCAUCUGAGAAAAGUCAACGUUUGGGUGUUUGGGAAACUCCAGUAAAGGAUGGAGGGGACUUUGAUGACUCCGUGGGCUGGCGUUCCAACAGUGCCACUUUGCCCUGCGACAGUCACGAAGUGUCAUUUUUACAUGGUAGACCACAAGAAACUCUGGAUAUACCAGCUGAAUCUGUUAAUUUCCAACACUCGUCAGCAGCCAGUUGUCUUUCAGAUACAGAGAAAAAUGGUAUGAUUUGUCAACCAGUGAAACGUCAGAGUGGUCACACUUCAGACCUGUCAGAAGAAACCCUGUGUUCCCAGCCAGAGAUCAAUAUGACUCUGAGACACACCCCUCAUCAUAAGGCUGAUCUAGUAAAGUCAGAUUUCCAAAAACUGAGCAGUACAGCACCUUCAUCAGUGUGUCGGCAGCCUUUGAGAAAAUUGAUUGCUCCUCUGUCUAGCCAACAAGAUAGUGGUUUUGAUAGCCCCUUUGUCAAUUUGGACUAA